AUGGGCGACGAUGAAGCGAUCGAGCGCGCGCGCGCGGCGUCGACGUCCGCGAUCGAGUCGACGGACGCGCGAGAGCGAGACGGCGAGAGCGACGGACGCGGAAGCGCGGCGUUGGGGAAGCGACGCGCCGACGGGUCGACCGGACGCGCGCUCGAGCCGUUCAGACAUCGCGUGAGGCAAGAUCCGGAGUUUGUCGAGAGCACGCUGCGCGCGUUGAGGGAUGGGACGACGAAGCUGUUGCGGUUGGAGACGAGCGGGUUGUCGUUCGAGGCGCUCUACGGAUCGGCGUACGCGCUCGUGUUGAGAAAGCAAGGCGACGCACUAUACGAUGCGAUCUUCGGCGCGGUAACGGAUCAUCUGUGUCAACACGUCGCGAUUAGCGUCGCGAACGUUGCGGCGGAGGGAGAUGUGGAGUUCUUGAAGGCGCUCGAGACUGGGUUUUUGACCCAUCGGAAAGGGACGCAGAUGCUCGUCGACGUGUUCAACUAUCUCGAUCGCGUGCACCUGCCGAGGAGUGGGAAGGCGAACUUAGAGCCUGUUGGGAAGCUCUCAAUGACUCUAUGGCGCGAGUGCGUGGUGAGAAAUCCGAGAAUUAAGCGACGAAUGCGAUCGUGCGUGUUAGAUUUGAUUCGUCGAGAGCGAGACGGAGAGCGCAUUGACCGGGAUACUCUGCGACAAGUCACGGACAUGCUUCUUGGUCUGGGCGAGUCUGUGUACGUGGAGGAGUUCGAGUCGAAUGUUUUAGAGGAAACAAGAUCGUACUACAAGGCGUUGGCGCAAAAACGCAUCGAUAUCGAUGAUUGUCCAACGUAUCUGAAGCUGGCGGAGACUAGGAUCGACCAAGAGAGGGAUCGGAGCGAGGCAUACAUGGCUCCCACCACGACCACGCUGCUGGUCGCCGAGGUACGUCAACAACUCCUGAAGGAAAUGUCACAAUCGCUCCUGCACAACACCACGAGCGGGAUGGUUCACAUGCUUCGAACAAGUCAACUUGAUAGUUUAUCUUGUCUUUACAAGCUGUUCUCCGCCAUGGAUGACCUUGAGGGGAUCCGAGACUUGAUGUUCGAGCACAUCAAGGAUGUUGGGAAGGGCAUAGUAAACGAUUCAGAAAAUGAAAAGAAUCCGGCGCAGUUCGUGGAGGAGCUACUGAAGUACAAGGGCAAGUACGACGACAUCUUACGUGUGGCUUUUGCGAACAGUCGCGUCAUCGAAUCACAGUGCAACCAGGCGUACCAGUACGUGGCAAAUUUGAACCCGAGGUCGCCCGAGUACAUGUCGCUUUACUUGGAUCAGGUACUGCGUAAGUCACCGAAAGAAAUGAGCCAAAACGAGCUCGAGAAUAUCUUCAAUCGAUCUAUGGGACUGUUCCGUUUAUUCCACGAGAAGGACGUCUUCGAGGGUUAUUAUCGCUUGCACUUGUCCAGGCGUCUGCUCAACAAGCGCUCAGCCAGCGACGAUAAUGAGCUCGCGUUCAUCGCACGUUUGAAAGACGAAUGUGGAUACACGUUCACGAGUAAGAUGGAGAGCAUGUUUAGCGAUAUGCUCACAUCUGGUGAUUUGAACAGGGAAUUCCACGAAACCAAAUUUGCCUCGGGCACGCCGCUUGACGCGAGCUUCUCCGUGCUCACCACAGGCGUGUGGCCCAUGAGAAUGCAGAAGUCUCACCCGUUCUUGCCUUCAGAAUGCGAAGCAGCAUGUGCCGCUUUCGAAGCGUUCUAUCUCGGUCGUCACGCGGGGCGUAAGAUCUACUGGCAGUCAGCCAUGGGUCAGGCGGAGAUCAAGUUUACCGUUGCGAGUGGCGAGUAUGAUCUCAUCACCAGCACACGCCAUAUGUGCGUGUUGAUGCUCUUCAAUCGACACAACGUGUUGACAACGGCGCAGAUUUCUCAGCUCACAUUGAUGCACGAUGACGAGCUCAAGGCUUGCUUGCAAGCGCUCUCGUGCGUCAAGGGAAAGAACGUCCUCAAGAGAACGCCCGACGGCAAGGAGGUGCUUCCAACCGAUACUUUUGAAGUGAACGAAGACUUCUCAUCGAAGAGUUCCAGAGUAAAGAUCUCCACGAUUUCUUCCAGACGAGAGAACGACCACGAACGAGCCAGCAAAUCACGGCAGCUCUCCGACGAUCGCAAGUAUCAAGUCGAGGCCACCAUUGUUCGCGUGAUGAAGACGAAGAAACGACUCAGUCAUAACGACAUCGUCGUCGAAGUGACUGCUCAGGUAAAGAAUCGGUUCAUGCCGACUCCAGCUGACAUCAAAAAAUAUAUCGAGGGUCUUGUCGAGAAGGAUUACAUCAGACGCGAUCCGAAUGAUCGAAGAUUGUACGAAUACGUCGCGUAG